AUGGGCAUAAUAGUCGGAGGAGAGAAGGAGGCUUUCGUCAAGAACGCUACUCAUAUCGCAAGGCGCUGGAAAUCUGCUAGGGAGGCUGACAUCUUGUUGGCGAAGAGCGGAGUACCAGUCUUCUUUUGCAGCAUGUUCAACGGUUUGAGGAUGGACCUCAAGGAGCUUCGUGAGGACAACGAGGACAAACACAUGGCGCACCAAAAGGAGAUCCAGGCUCUUAAGGAGAACAUGGACGGGCUCAAGGAGAACAUGGACGGGCUCAAGGAGACUGUGCAGACAGUCGAGCGCAAGAUGGACGAAGGCUUCUCGGAGCACCAAAAGGAGAUCCAGGCUCUUAAGGAGAACAUGGACGGGCUCAAGGAGAACAUGGACGGGCUCAAGGAGACUGUGGACGGGCUCAAGCAGACUGUGGACGGGCUCAAGCAGACUGUGCAGACAGUCGAGCGCAAGAUGGACGAAGGGUUCUCGGUGUGUAUCAGGGCCCUGAGAGGGGUGUCACUGUACUGA